AUAAGUAUAUCGUAUAGCUAAUUAUAGUUAUUUAUAUUUAUGUAUUUAUAUGUAUAAUUAUUGAAUAUGUAUAGUUGAGUGUGAAAGGAAUUGGAGAUUGUUUAUUAGUUGACAGGAGAGGUGAGUUUGAGGGAAUGGGGUUCUUUUUGGAAAGAGUUGACUGAUGUUUUAGAAGAGUUUUAAUGAACCAUGUUUUGAGUAUAUUAAUUAUUGGAUUGUGAAACUGCAUGACUUGUGCAUUAUUUUUACAUGGUGGGGUUACUAUGUUGUUUUAACUGCAAACCUGGUUUUUGUCCACUCACAUGUUUUCUGUUUUGCGCCCCCCAGCCAGUAGUUGCUCCUGGAAGUACAAGUGGUGUCUGCAGCGGAGUCAGUGCAUCUUUAUAAUUAAGAACUGUAAUCAUGUCAGCUCGCAGAGCUAGAAUUAGAGGCCGUGGGCAGAGAUGGGGGCCGAAUCCUCCACCUCCAUCUCCAUCACCCCCUCCUUCACCACCACUACCUUCACCUUCACCUUCACCACCUCCACCUGCUGGAGAUAAUGCUUUGGAUUUGAGGCAUGUGCUCAGUCAGUUUACUCGUACAAUGGCUACAGCCUUAGGGGGAAGGCGUGGUACGGAAAGUUCAGAAAUUAAGAGAGUUAAGGAACUUGGAGCUAAAGAAUUCCUGGGUAGUACAGAUCCGGCAGAAGCAGAAUUAUGGAUUACUGAUGUGGAGAGAAUCUUUGAUGUCCUGGAAUGCCCAGCUGAGGAUAGAGUCCGUUUGGCCACCUUUCUACUCAAGGGAAAUGCGUAUCAUUGGUGGAAAGCAGUAAAAAGGGGUUAUGAAAAUCCGGCUACCAUAAAUUGGGAAGAAUUUCAGCGAGUAUUUUCAGAUCAGUUUUACCCACCUUCUUAUAAACAGGCAAAGAAAUCAGAGUUUCUCUACUUGAAACAGGGGUCUAUGACAGUAGUGGAAUAUGAACACAAAUUUAAUGAGCUGUCCAGAUUUGCUCCUGAGUUAGUGGCUACCGAGGAAGACAGAUGUAGACGCUUUGAGGAAGGUUUAUGGUGGGAAAUUCAGGCAGUUGUUACCGCUAGUACUUAUCCAAAUAUGAGGGCUUUGGCUCAGGCAGCGGCAAGGGUGGCAAGGAAACUUGGUGGGAAUGUUGGUAGGCGCCGUAGGGAUGCACCAGGAAUUGGUGGGCCCAGUCAGGGUCCAUCAAAGAGGGGAGGAUCUAGUUCCAGUUCGGCUAGUGGAGGAUGGUCAGGAGGACGGGGAUCUAGUUCUAGCAGUGGGAGAUCCGGUUCUCGUUCAGCUUGGACUCAGUAUUCGGGACCACAGUCUGUAGCUAGCACCGCCAGGGCUCCUUCUAGGUACACUGGGUUGACAUGUUUUCAUUGUGGGCAAGUCGGGCAUAUUGCAAAGGAUUGUCCCAGUUACACUCAGGGAGGUGGAUCGAGCCAGAGUAGUAGCCUGACAUGCUACUUUUGUGGGCAAGUGGGGCAUACUAAGAGAAACUGCCCAAUUAUACUCCAGAAUGAUGCAGGGAAUCAGGGAACUGGGGCCCAGCUGGGGCAAGGUAUUUUGGGUCAGAAUCAGAAUCAGGGUGGUGUUUCUUCAUCUGCAGCAGGGUCAUCCAGUAGUAGGGCAUCGGCAUCUUCUAGAGGCAGAGGUGGUAGGCUAUCAAGGGGUCAACCUGGGCGCUCCACUACUCAGGCUCGUGUGUUCUCCAUGUCUCAGCAGGAAGCCUAUGCUACCCCGGAUGUGAUUACUGGUAUGAUUCCGAUUUUUGGUUAUCUUGCACGUGUUUUAAUUGACCCGGGGGCCACACACUCCUUUGUAGCACACAAUUUCAUACCGUAUGUCAGUAUUAGACCCACACCUAUGACAGGGAGCUUUAGUAUUUCCCUACCUACGGGAGAAGUCUUAUACGCAGAUCGGGUAUUCAGAAAUUGUUUUGUCCAAGUAGAUGAUGCAUGGUUGGAAGCAAAUUUAAUCCCUUUAGAUUUGGUGGAUUUGGAUAUUAUUUUGGGGAUGGAUUGGCUGGAGAAACAUCAUGCUUCAGUGGAUUGUUAUCGGAAGGAAGUAACAUUUCGAAGUCCAGGGCAACCUAGAGUUACCUUCCGUGGGGAGCGUAGAGUUCUCCCUACUUGUCUGAUUUCUGCUAUUACAGCCAAGAAGUUGCUCCAGAAGGGAUGUGAGGGAUGA